ACGGGUUUCUCGGUGAAUCCGGUCUACGGUCUCGGACUGACGCAGAGGCCUCGUAAGUUGAACGUGUUUCUUCCGUUCUUCGUGUCUACCAAUCUGCCCUACUCGGUGAAACGUGGCGAGGUAGUCGCUAUUCCGAUCGUCGUUUUUAACUACAUGGAGGACGAUCUUACUGCGAAGGUGGUGCUCGAGAACAAUGAGCAGGAGUUUGAGUUUGCCGACGUCGAGAAUGAGGUCAUCGACACAUCGAAGGUCGAACUGUCCCGUGAGAAGCGUGUAGCUGUUCCGGCUAACUCAGGCAAAACCGUAUCGUUCAUGGUGAAACCGAAAAAGCUCGGCCACAUUACGAUCAAGGUACAGGCAACAUCGGAUGUGGCCGGUGAUGCUGUCGAGCGACAGCUCCUAGUCGAACCGGAAGGUCUCCCGCAGUAUGUGAACAAGGCCGUAUUUGUGGACCUACGCGCAACACCCGAGGUGACGAAGAAUUUUGAGGUAGAAGUCCCACGCAACGCGGUUCCGGACUCGACCCGCAUUGAAGUCGCCGUGAUCGGCGAUGUGCUCGGAUCAACUAUCCAGAAUUUGGAUUCACUCAUUCGCAUGCCGUACGGAUGCGGUGAGCAGAACAUGCUGAACUUUGUGCCGAACAUUGUGGUGCUGGAUUACCUGAAGGCGACCAACAAGCUGACGGCGAACAUUGAGGCGAAAGCGAAGAAGUUCAUGGAAGCCGGUUAUCAACGGGAGCUAAGCUACAAGCAUGGAGAUGGUUCGUUCAGUGCAUUCGGAGAGAGUGAUAAGAGUGGAAGCACCUGGUUGACAGCGUUCGUGGCGCGUUCGUUCAAACAAGCCGCCAGUCACAUUACGGUCGAUGAGUCUGUGAUCGACAAGUCGCUGGAGUGGCUAAGCGAUCAUCAGGCUCCGAACGGAAGCUUCCCCGAGGUCGGUGUCGUGUCGCAUAAGGAUAUGCAGGGUGGUUCCGGUAGCGGUGUUGCCCUUACCGCCUACACUUUGAUUGCAUUCCUCGAGAACUACAAUUUGGUAAACAAGUACAAGAAUACCAUUAACAAGGCGAUCGAUUACGUGUACCGUAACACGGAGUCACUGGACGAUACGUACGCUUUGGCAUUGGCCGCUUAUGCGCUCCAACUGGCCGAUCAUUCGGCGAAGGGUGUUAUUCUCGCGAAGCUAGAUGCGAAGGCUUCGACAGACACCGAUAGCAAGUGGUGGCACAAACCCAUCCCCGAGUCUGACGCCAAGAACCCCUGGUACGGUAAGCCGAACUCGGUGAAUGUGGAAAUGAGUGCGUACGCGAUGUUGACUUUCAUCGAAGCCGGUCUCGAUACGGAUGCCCUGCCGAUCAUGAAGUGGUUGAUCGGACAGCGCAACGAUAAGGGAGGCUUCCAGUCCACCCAGGACACGGUCGUGGGACUGCAGGCAUUGGCUAAGCUCGCGGCGAAAAUCUCUUCACCCAACAACGACGUUACGAUCGCGGUCAAUUACCGUCAAGAUAUGGAAAUCCGAAUGAUCGUAGAUGCGGAGAAUGGUAUGAUUUUGCAAAAGUUCGAGUUACCGUCGACGACGCGCAAUAUUACGCUGCAAGCAACCGGUAGUGGCUUUGCCGUGGUGCAGCUCUCCUACAAGUACAACAUGAAUGUUACCGGCGAGUGGCCUCGGUUUGUGCUCGAUCCUCAGGUGAACGCCAAUACGAACCCAGACCAUCUACAUCUGUCGGUGUGCACGAGCUUCGUACCAUCCGGUGGUCAGAAUGUAUCUAACAUGGCCGUCAUGGAGGUUAGCUUCCCCAGCGGUUUUACCGCUGACUCUGACACGCUACCUUCGCUGGAAAACACUCCCUACAUUAAGAAAGUGGAGACCAAAGAUGGUGAUACGACAGUUGUGCUGUACUUUGAUAGCCUGGAUCAGCGCGAGCUAUGCCCAACAGUAUCGGCCUUCCGAACGCAUAAAGUGGCCAAGCAGAAGCCUGCACCGGUUGUGAUCUAUGAUUACUACGAUAAUUCUCGCAUCGCCCGGCAAUUUUACGAUGGACCAAAGGCUUCCCUGUGUGAUAUCUGCGAAAACGAAGACUGCAGUGACGCGUGUUCGAUCAAAUCCCAGAAACAGCGCUCUCCUGCUGAACAGAACGAGGCAAACACCAGCCGUACUAUGAUCGGAAACGCUGGUGAGAAGUUCAACGUCAGUUUCCUGACACUUCUGCUGUCUUCGGUGGUGUUGAGGAUGGUUCAGUGAAAAAAACAGCAAGUAGCACUAGUGUACACUCGCUACAGUUACCAUCAGCGCGAACGGAGCGGGAACUGAGGAUGCAGAUGAGCUCAUUUAAUUGCAAUAAUUAACAACGUAGCGCGCACAGCACAAACGAAAAAUUCUAUGCAAAUAAAACCUUGUCCAUCAAUAUACACGGCGGCAUGCGGUUAUUUUUUAAAGGGAUCCUACACUCUUUACCGUUCAUUAAACCUAGAUCAUGAAAGAUUCAGA